AUGCCUGAGCCAACCAGUCUUACCUUCCAGCUCCUCCCGGAGACCAUCCGACAAAGCUCAGCCAUCGGUGCUGAAGUCGAACUUCCCCCCGGAAUGUCCAAGCUCGACCUGGACAGAUUGACAGAAAAUGACAAGGAAACUUUGCGGAAAGCACUUUUCGAGAACCAAGUUAUUGUCAUUCGGGGCCAGAAGGGCAUUGACCCAACAAUUCUUCCACAGCUCGCCAAGGUCUUCGAUCCAAAUGCAUCGGACGUCCACUCGGCUGGAGAGAAAGCUGUGAGUGAUCCGAAAAACAUUCUCUCAGCCUACAAGGCCGGCAGAAUUCCCAGAGCUCCUCAAGUUGGAAUCAUUGGGUCUGGCACCUUCCAGGAUUAUGAAGGUCUCAAGGAGCUGGAGGUUAUCCAUCUGGAUCACACACUGUUUCAUGAGAAACCUCUUUCACAAGAUGAGAUUGAUCAGGGGUUCACCCGCCCAUACAGGUGGCACAUGGAUACUCCGUUCUAUGAGCGCUUGCCCGGUGAAGUGACUAUCCUGCACUCGAUUCGCAUUCCAAAUCUACCUGAUCAGAGGAUUAAAUUUCCUGACGGCAAGGAGAAAACUAUUGGUGCUGGAGCUACAGCCUUUUUCUCCGGUGCUCGGGCCUUUUCUCUUCUCACUCCUGAAGAGCAGGAGUUCGCUUUGAACACCACUGUUACAUAUGCACCACAGGCGUACGAGUACAUUAGGCAGUGCAAAGCUUCUGAUGAUGGGCUUACCAUUCCAACAAUGGGGAACGAGGUUUCCGUUGAGAAAUUGUCUGAAUGGAGUUGGGAUAAGGUUGCGGAACAUCCCAUGGUCUGGCGUAACCCACUCAACCCUGAUAGACCCUUUCUUCAAGUCCACGGGUGCUGUGUCUACAAACUGACUACCCGAAAUCCGACCACUGGAGAGGUAAUUGUCAUCGAUGAUGUUGAGAAAGUACGCAACGUGGUAUACAAUAUGCAGAAGAAAAUCUAUGCCGCCGAGAACAUCUACGCCCACCGCUGGCAGGAAGGUGAUUUGGUCAUCUUCCACAACCGCGGUGUUAUGCAUAGCAUUACUGGACAGCUAUCCCAGCACAAAAAAGACGAAGAUAAGAAGCGGAUGCUAUGGCAAUGCACAAUGACAAGUGUGACUCCUCCUAAGCCAUUCAGGAGUUAUGAGGGGGUCAAUGAUACGGGAUAUGUCAGGGCUUAG